CGGACUUUCAAAACAUCCCGCUGCCACUCUCGGCCAUCCACCUUGCGUCAGUCGCCAGCACAUGUCUCCUGUCCGUGUGUGCCUUGAUCGUUCGCCGAAGUAAGAUCCAAAUAAACCAUACUGCGCAUCAAUCCGCCUGUUCGCUCGACAUUAUGUGGUAGCAGACAAUGUCUCUUCGUCGUCCCUCCAGGUGAACACUUCACCUUCCGCUCCCCCUCUAACUCAGUCGAAAUGCCUGUUCAGUCGAAAGAGGACCCGUUGAUGGUUCUGUACAACCAUUAUCUCAACCUGUUUCGCUCCCGUAUCCGUCGCACACCUAGAUCCGUCAAACUUGCCGCCACCGCCGCCCUCAUUCUGUCCAUCCUCUCCUCUAGCUAUGGCGGUUUCAAGUGGUGGCAAGCUCGUUCAAAAGAGAAGGCUCAGGGCCGGACGCUGGUCCGCAAGAAUAGUGGUUUAAGAGGGAAAGGAGGAGAACGCAUCAUCUAUGUUCCCAAAGGCGAUACCACCUCCAAAGUCAUCAUCCAUCCCAUACGCUCGACCACGUUUGAUGCUCAUCGCAGACUGUUUCUGACCCCUCCACGGGUCACGCGUCUGGCCAGUGGUACUUCGACUCCGGCAUAUGGUCCUCCGCCAGCGCAGACAAAGCCCGGCCUCAACCUGGCUUUCCUCCAUCAGUUCCUCAGUCUGGCGAACAUCAUGAUACCAAGAUUUCGGAGCAAGGAGACGGCGUUACUGCUGAGCCACGCUGUCUUCCUGAUCUUGAGGACAUAUUUGUCUCUUCUGGUCGCGAGGCUGGACGGUGCCAUUGUCCGAGAUUUGGUGAGUGGUCAUGGAAAGCAAUUCCUGCUCGGGCUUCUGAGAUGGCUCUCCAUUGGCACACUGGCCUCCUACACCAACUCGAUGAUCAAAUUCCUCCAGUCCAAGAUAUCAAUCGCCUUCCGCACGCGGCUGACGAGAUACAUCCACGAUCUCUACCUAAACUCGAACCUCACGUACUACAAACUCUCAAAUCUUGACGGCGGGGUCGAAGGCGCAGACCAGUUCAUCACACAGGAUCUUACACUAUUUUGUACAGCGGCCGCAUCAUUGUAUUCUUCUCUCGGAAAACCCCUGGUGGAUAUAUUUGUCUUUAACUACCAACUCUACCGCUCCCUUGGACCAUUGGCACUGACCGGACUUCUCGUAAACUACUUCGGCACCGCAACCAUGCUUCGGCGGCUCUCUCCACCCUUUGGGAAAUUAAAGGCCGUUGAGGGCAAGAAAGAGGGAGAUUUCCGUGGGCUCCAUGCCAGAUUGAUCGCUAAUGCAGAAGAGGUCGCAUUUUACGGUGGUGCUGACGUCGAAAAGGUCUAUCUCGAUAGGUCAUUCAAAGAACUCCGGAGUUGGAUGGAGGGUAUUUACAACGUCAAAGUCCGGUAUAAUAUGCUUGAAGACUUUAUUCUGAAGUACUCAUGGUCGGCUUUUGGCUAUAUCAUUACUUCAAUCCCCGUCUACCUCCCUGCCUGGGCCGGGCUGAAUGCGAUUCUCGAAUCGAAUUCAAAUUCGGGUAGAGAGGUGACAGAAUCCUCGCGGUCGGGAUCUCACAUGAAAGAAUUCACUACCAACAAGAGACUCAUGCUGUCACUCGCCGACGCAGGUGGUCGAAUGAUGUACAGCAUCAAGGAUCUGUCUGAACUGGCCGGCUAUACCUCGCGAGUCUACCAGCUCAUCUCAACACUCCAUCGCGUGCACGCCAACGCCUAUGCGCCCGUCGGCCGGCGAGCCUCUCAACGGAUAGAGCUCUACUCCCUGGCCGACGUCCAAGGCACGAUCCAAUACGGCUUCGAUGGCGUUCGCCUUGAGGACGUUCCUGUCGUUGCACCAGGCUUAUGGCCUUACGGUGGCGAUGAGCUAAUCGAGUCUCUUUCCUUUGUCGUCCACAGUGGCGAACAUUUAUUAAUAUCAGGGUCCAACGGCGUUGGUAAAUCCGCCAUUUCCCGGAUUGUUGGUGGGCUUUGGCCUGUCUACCGCGGUUUGGUCUCUCGACCUCGAAACAACGGUAUGGAUGGAAUCAUGUUCCUCCCUCAACGGCCAUACCUCAGCAUUGGCACGCUAAGGGAUCAAGUCAUCUACCCGCAUACGGAGAUGGACAUGCAAGAGAACAAUCGGCGAGACAGCGAACUGGAGCGGAUCCUGGAGGAAGCCAAACUUGGCCACUUACUGUCAAGAGAGGGUGGUUGGGAUACGCGCAAGGAGUGGAAGGAUGUGCUUUCGGGUGGCGAGAAACAGCGGAUGGCCAUUGCUCGCCUGUUCUACCAUGAGCCCAAAUACGCGUUCCUCGACGAAGGAACCUCUGCGGUGUCCUCGGACGUUGAGGGCUUGCUGUAUGAGCGGUGUAAAGAGAAGGGGAUCACGGUGAUAACGCUAUCCACGCGCGCCAGUCUUCGGAAAUACCACACCUUCAACCUCGUCCUUGGUCUCGGGGAGGAAGGGUUUGAUUGGGAGCUGGUCCGAAUCGGCACGGAAGAAGAGAAGUUGGGAGUGGAAAAGGAGAUCGCCGAGCUGAAGGAGAAGCUGGCCAUGGUGGACACCUGGGAGAAGCGGAGAACAGAGAUCCAGGAUGAGUUGAACCAGGUCUUUGUGGUCGGGGACGGAAAGGACAACCAGCAAAAGGGGCAUUUGGAACGCCCGGGGUAUAUUGCAGAGGAUGCUGAAUCGCGCCAGGAAACUCCAUGAGUACUAUACAUUUUCUCUAUACCCGUCAAGAAAACCGCCUUGACUAGGGCGUUGGGAGAUACGGAUUGGGCCCAUCCCCGCUCCAGGCAUUCAGCUCCCUUAUGACCAGCCAGUUGAGCUUGCGCAUGUUCUUCUCCUCCUUGUCGUCGCUCAUCCUGUCCUUCUCGGCCUCCCUCAUCUCCUUCUGG